AUGUCGUCGUCGUUCGUCCGACGAGGACGACGGUUUCAACAACAACAACAGAACCAACACCAAUCGGAGCGAGAGACGACUUUACGCGCAACGACUGAAGUGGACGACGACGAAGGACGACGACGCGCGCGACGCGAAGACGCGAAGAUCUGUAAAGAAGAACACGAAAAGAGGAAACUAAAAAGCGAGUUCGAAAACGAGGAAACGACGACUAAAGCGUUGAACGGCACUCGACCGGGAGCGCACGGGGUAGGCGUUGGCGGCAGUCGAGUAAUUUCCACCGGCACGGAGGAUUUAGACGACGUGCUCGGCGGCGGUGUACCUCUGAACGGCGUGUUCGGGAUCUUUCUCGACGAUUGUUCAGACGACGAGAACAGAGGAGGAUUCGGAGGAGCUGAAGCGGUGGCGAACGUGUUCGCGAAACUGUUUCUGAGCGAAGGCGCUUUGGCGUGCGAGCAAGCGGGGUUGUGGUUGACCACGGACGACGAAGGUGCAGACGACGAGAGAGAUGUGAGAGAGACACUUCCGAGGAUGACGACGAGGAGAAGCGAUACUAGUACUGGCGAAAUGGAUGGGGAAAUGAAGAACAGUAAAAACGAUGGAGGUGAAGGCAAAGGAGGAGCCGAGAGCGCCGCCGCGCGCUCCGGGGAGGAUUCCGAGAAAUCUUCGAGCGGCGACGGGUUGAAAAUCGCGUGGCAAUAUCGACGGUAUUUGGAAAAGAGUAAGGAAGAGAAGGAGAAGAGUGGUGAUACUCGCAGUCGUGGCGGUGCUUUAAAUAGCGAAAGUAAGAAGAAGAAGAAGAUGAAGUUGCGCGCGUUUUGCCACGAUUUUGACGUGACUCGAGCGCACUCGAACGAAGAGGCGAUGAAUAUUCCCAUCGACGUGGUUCAAUGCGACGUGAGUCGGAAUAACAUUGGGAAGACGUUCGAGGCGGUCAAAAGUUUUGGGAAGAAACUCGUCGAGAAAGAUUCAGUCGGAAGAAUAGUUAUUCAACCGCCCCGAGCGUUGCUCGAUGAUCCGUCCAACGCAAUCGUCUUCAAAAACUAUCUCGAGCUUCUUCACGCGGUGAAAGGUUUCAUGCAACGAGGCGAUAUGGUACACAGAAUGGCUUCGUUCGUUUUGUUCCCGUCGAAACAGUUGUUAUCGAUGACUAAGUUGAGUGAUUUACGGCAAACGUGCGAUUGUUACGUUGAAACCUCAUCCUUGUUAAAUCCAGAGUUUGGUUUCGAUGAAAGGGCGACGGCGAUUGAGUCGGUAUUGCCAGAACCGACCAUCAAUUGCAUCGCAUUGUUGUCGCUCGGUAAAAAAUGUUUUCCAGGUGCAUUAGCCGGCGGGUUCGGAACGGUGGAUUCAACGUUUGCGGUGCAAAGAAGAGGAAAGAAGUAUGCGAUUAAACCGCUGGCGCAACGCCCGGAAGACCACGAUGCCAACAACGAAAAAAAGACGAACGGUAGCGGUGGAUUAUGUAGUAGCGGUCCGACUGGAAUUGGAAGCGAAGGGCCUCUAGACUUCUAA